GAUGGGCCAAAAAGAGAAUAUGAAACUUGGCAAUAAGGGUGCGGGAAAACAUAUGACAAAGAAAGUAUUACAAUAUUUGCAAGAUUUUUUUUUGGCUGGAAACUUAAAAACUGAAGAUUAUUACUCUCCUGAAGAUAUGCACGCUAGUCUAAAAGAUUUGGCUAAAAAUGGAGACCUUGCUUUCGAGGAAGUACCAACAGUAAAAACUAUUAAAG